UGUGGGGAAACGGGUACAUCAGCGAGCUCAAAGUCAAUGGGGAGCGUUGGAUUGUUUGGUCACUAUUGGUCUUCAGUCUGAUACCGAGGCGGUGAUUGAGCAACUUCGGGAAUUCAUCUCAGUGUUUCUCCAGAUCUUUCACAUCACUUUAAAGCUUUUGAAAAAUAAAACCGAUUAAAUAGUCAACCGAGCCCGUCUGUAAAGAUUUAGGGCCGUUUUCAAGGCAGUUGUGUCCGCGUUUUUAGUUUCGAUUUGAGGUAAACCGACGGAGAGUGAGAAUGGAGAUCUGCGGUCUUGUGACUGAGAGAAAUGAACCAGUGCCUCUGAAGAGCAUCUCGGUGGAGGUUCUGGUUCAGGAUCAUGUCUCCACAGUCUCCUCCACUCUGCAGUAUGUGAAUGAGGAAGAGCGCCCCCUGGAGGCCUUGUUCGUCUUCCCUCUGCCUGCUGAUGCUGCUGUCUGCCACUUCAGUGCCAAGAUCGGAGAGAAGGAGAUUGUGGCAGAGGUGCAGGACAGAGAAAGCGCCAGGGAUCAGUAUGAUGACGCUGUGAGUUCGGGUCAGCAGGCGUUUCUGUUGGAAGAGAGCGCAGAGAGUCCUGAUGUGUUCAGACUGAGUGUCGGGUGUCUGUCUGCGGGUCAGAACGCUGCCGUCACCAUCAUCUACGUCACCGAGCUCUCUGUGCAGGACGACCACUCGCUGCGCUUCUGUCUGCCGGCUGUACUCAACCCCCGAUACAGUCCAGCAGGUUCAGCUGCUGGUAUAGUCUCUGAGAUUUCAUCGGGAGCUGUUCCCUACACGCUGACUCUCGGUGUUCAUGUGAGCUCUCCAAAGCCCAUCUCCAAACUAGAGUCCAACUGCACUCUGGGUCCUCUGGUGUUCCUCCGCUCUGAUCACACUCAGGCUACGGUGAACCUGAGUCCUGGUCACAUGUUUGAUAAGGACUUUGAGCUGUUUGUGUACUAUCAUGAUACCCAUCAGCCCUCUGCUGUAGUGGAGGCAGGAGUGACCACUGCCCCGCCAGGUUCUCUGAUGAGGGACCCAGUGGUCAUGAUAAGUUUGUACCCAGAGUUCCCAGAGGAAGUGAUGAAAUCACUGGCAACUCGAGGCGAGUUUGUUUUUGUGAUUGACAGAUCAGGCAGUAUGGACUGUGUGAUGCAUGAAGGGGAAGGAGCACAGAUGCGCAUUGAAAGUGCAAAGGACACUCUGCUGUUACUCUUGAAGAGUCUGCCCAUGGGAUGCUACUUCAAUAUCUACGGAUUUGGCUCUGAUUUUGAGUCCUUCUUCCCUAAAAGUGUUGAGUACAAUCAGGACACAGUUGAUCAGGCUCUGAAGAGAGUGAAGGAAAUGCAAGCAGACAUGGGCGGCACAGAGAUAUUACAGCCUCUAAAACACAUCUACAGUCAGCCCUGUUACCCUGAUCACCCCAGACAGCUGUUCAUCUUCACUGAUGGAGAGGUGUCUAACACUAAAGAGGUUCUGGACCUGGUGAAAAGUCACGCUCACUCUCACAGGUGUUUCUCAUUCGGGAUUGGUGAGGGUGCGAGUGCCGCCCUCAUCACAGGAAUGGCCAGGGAAGGAUCUGGUCACGCUCAGUUCAUCACAGACAGCGACCGCAUGCAGCCCAAAGUGAUGCAGUCUCUCAGGUUUGCUCUGCAGCCCGCUGUGCUUAAUAUCUCUGUGGAUUGGACGCUUCCAGACGGUGUUACUGUUGACACGCUGUCUCCACCCUUCAGUGUGCUCUUCCAGGGUCAAAGGGCACUCAUUUAUGCCCAACUUAAAGGAGAGAGUUCAGGAGUCUCUGAGGGAACAGUGACAGUCAAAUACAGUCUUAAAGAUCAACCGGUAACAAACCAGCUCCACUUCCGCCUCAAACCAACUGAAGAAACAGGGUUGUCCAUUCACCGGCUGGCGGCUCGGACCCUGAUCCGUUCUCUGGAGCAGGAGGAGAGGUCCGGUCCUGCAGAUGCUGAGGGCAUCAGGAGCAGGAUGGUGGAGCUCAGUGUUCAGUCAGGAGUGAGCAGUGUUCAUACAGCCUUCAUUGCUGUGAAUAAAGACAGCAGACAGACUGUGAAAGGACCCCUGCUGCAGAGAAGAGUGCCGACAUACGAUGCCCUGAUGCAAGCACAAUGUUGUAAGACAACGAUUAUUUAGGCACAUCCUUGUGGCAGAUUUAAGCACAUUCAGCCACAUCAAGUGAUUUGCAGCUGGAGAUGAGGAAAUAUAUCACAAACUCUUUUUUUUUUCUUCCAAGAAAUGUAAUAAAAAUAUAUCUUGUGCAGCCAUAGCACAGCUGGUAGAAUCAUAAAAAUGUCACACAUGUGAGGAGAAUGAGUCUGUGUGCAGGUUUACUUCUGACAUUUUGAAAUGGUUAUUUAAAAAUUAAGUUUUAACAGUGUUUACAUGUCUAUCUAUUGAUUUUAAUAUGGUUACAGACGAACCAGGUGCAAAUUCACCAGGCAACAUUUAUUCCUUAAAACUGCAGUCUACCAAAGCGUGUCAAAAAAGCCUAUACUAAAUGAGCUAAGGGGUGUAGAGUUGUAUUCAAUCCAUUUAAAGGAAUGAAGAAAUAUUUUCACAUUUAUUUAUGUCAAGCAAAGUAACAAAUUCAAGCAAACAAGAGUCAAGCAAUAAAGUCUUGUGAAUAUUAUUCAACAAUAAAUAAUUUAGACUAUUUAUGUAAGUAUUAUGUAAAUUGUGCAGAUUGUUCGUGCAGAUUUUUUGUCACUUGACUAUUUGAUGUUUAUUUGAUGUGUUUAGUUCAUUGAGAUUUGAAAUCAAUGUUUUUCAGGUCUACUAAGAUGUUCCCUGUUAGAAUUUGAUUGUUCAUCCAAACCAAAGAUCGGAUUCAGGACAAGUAACACAAUGAAUACACAGCGUCACCAAAGCUCACUAGGUAUAAAACACAAAUGCAGCAUUAUCUCACGGUUAACGAUCAUUGUUUUUAUUUGCAGAGAUCCAGAAUUUCUUCCGCCGUGGUUCUAAGGAGCCUGUGCUCCGUUCCAUAUCUAAGAAACAAAUACAUCCUGAAAAGGCUGAGGUAAAAUGUUCAGAUGCUCCUGAACCCCCGAAGGACGCUCUUCUUCAGCUGGUUUCUCUCCAGAAGGCGUCCGGCUGCUGGGAUCUGGACGACGCUCUGGCUGAUGUGUUUGGGAAGACGGAGGAUGAGCUGACCGAUCAGAAACCAGCACAGUGGAUGAUGGUCUGUACACAGGUGGAUGGGUCAGUAUGGGUCACUCUCCUGGCUCUGAUCUGGUUAUACGGCUGUAAAAUAGAGCAGCAGGUGGAGUGGCAGUUUGUGGCCAUGAAGGCAGCGUCAUGGAUCGGCUCUCAGAAAGUGGGAGAUCUGUCUCAGUGUGUGUGUGCGGGGAAUGUCCUGCUCGGAUGUCAGGUGACCAAAGAGACUCUGGGAAUCUGAAGACGUCAGCGUUUGUUUCUACAUCCUGAUCCGUCAGAAGACAAACAACUGUUAGUGUUUCA